AAAUUAUUCUUUUUGGUCACCAAAGGUCAGAGUAGACCGUGCCUGCGUAUCGCUUCUCGAUAUAGCCUGGCUGUACUCUAUAUAAACGCGCAGACACUACAGCCGUGGUCACACUAGUACGUGUUAUGUGCACCGACUCCCCGUCCGCUGUCGGGUUGGGUUAGAACCGAGGACUUUGCUCGCGACAAUCACUGAGAGUUCAAGUGUCCCUACCGGAGUUACUAGCGCGGCUUGACGGCUGAGGGCGCAGGCAGUCCCGACGACAAGCAUGAGGCACGCGGCACGAAUCUUGGUCUUCUUCGCCUCUCUGGUGUGGACGGCGGGCCCGUCAUGCACGAUGAGAGUAUCCCCAAGAAUACACCAACACAUGACGAGAGACGAGAUGAAGUUGCACUUAGGAACGGAUGACCUACUUGGAAUUCCGGAAUACGACGUCUUUGUUCCACAAGAAGUUGACCUGAUGAAAUCGGACUUGGCCAGUUCUGCCGGAUGCCUCCAUGACCGAGGCUGUGGAGACGGCGACAGACGGUUCUACUCCGUCCAGCUCUUCGGCACGAAACAUCUGCUGAACCUCACCAGAGACAUGUCUGUGGCGGCGGCCGGCCUCCGGGUCGUGGGGAAGAACGGGGAGGUCGCUCCUCGGACGUCCCUGGAUUGUUUUUUCACGGGGGAAGUGAAAGACUUGCCGGGCAGCAGCGUCGCGCUCAGCACUUGCGAUGGCCUGCAUGGCGUGGUGGUGGCUUCGGGGGAGGAUUUCGUCAUCACACCGCUGUCUGCGGGCUUGUCGCACCGCUCCAGGCACCCGAGGUCGCUGGACGGACAGGCGGGCAGACCUCACAUCGUCUACAGGAGAAGCUCUCAGACGCUGGACGACGUCUCGGCUUUGUCGGAACACGGUCUUCUAAAAGAUGCGGCGGCGAAGCCCCUGCACCCCCGUCGUACCAAGCGGGGCGCGGCUCGCUCGAACUCGAGGAACCGUCUGUCCGCCUCCCGGAGGCUCACCAUCGAACUGGCUCUGUUCGUGGACAGGAACGCCUGGGACAAGGUGGAGAGCCUGCACGAGGGAAGCGCCGAGGAGAGGUUCCAGUGGGCGACGACGUACUACCUCUCCGUUAUCAACACGGUGCAGCUGCUGUACAACAGAGGGUCCCUCGGACAUCGCGUCCAGCUCGCUGUUUUACGACUCCGGAUAAUUGAGGGCAAUGAGUUUGCAACAGACAACAAUGACACUGAGAAGACCUUGCACAACUUCUGCAAGUGGCAGCACACCCAGAACCACGGCUACAACAACAUCAUGUACGAUCUUCCCGACGACCACCCUGAGCACUGGGACCAUGCCGUCUUCAUCACAGGUAUGGAGAUGUGCCGACCAGGCCAGUCAUGUGCAAUUGCAGGUAUGGCACCUGUGUCAGGGAUGUGCUCAGAAGACAGGAGCUGCUCACUGAAUGAAGACAGCGGGCUGGGAAGUGCUUUCCUACUGGGGCACGAGAUUGGGCACAAGUAA